AUGGGGACAUCCCUUCAGCCUGUAACCGAGGGCUCACAUGAAGGAGGAGUAGGAAAACUCCCUUUUUUUAUCUGUCUGUCCCAGGUGGCAAAGCUAGCAGCUGUUUUUUCUAGUCUGCCAUUUGCAAGUAUUACUGUAUAUGCAGGAACAGAAAAGGAAUCAAAGAGUCAGCUGGUGAAGCCAAAUCAGCUUCCAAUUUACUGUCCACCACCUCUGAAAUUGAAGUACAUUGAAGAACAGCCGGGUUGCUUGCAGAAGCAAUUUUCUUCUGUAAGACAGACAACCGGCCACUAUAUUGGAUGGUGCAAGGAUGCUUUUGUCUUUGUUAAAAAUGGAAUAAUGGAUUCAGUUCAGUUUGGAAAAGAUGCUUAUGUUUACCUGAAGAAUCCACCACCAGAAUUUCUUCCCAAAGUUGGUGUAAUUACAAUAUCAGGCUUAGCUGGCAUAAUGUUGGCAAGAAAAGAUUCUAGAUUUAAGAAAAUUGCUUAUCCAUUGGGACUUACUGCCUUAGGAAUUUCUGUUUGUUACCCAGCUCAGUCAGUGGUAUUUGCUAAGGUAACAGGGAAAAAGUUAUUUUCUGCAAGCCAUCAAACCUAUGAAGCUGUGCGAUCACUAUGGACCAAAAAGGAAGAUGUCACCAAGAUGCAGCAAGAGUCAAAAUCAGUUACACAAGAAGAUAAGAAAAAGAAAGAAAUUUCUAGUACAAAACCUGAGUCUGCUAUUGAGUCAAGAUCAUUUAACAGAACAGAAGCUUCUCCAGUAGAGUCUUGGAGUGAUAAAGAUCUAGUGCCUUCAUCAG